AUGGCAGACUACUUUUCCGCCUACGACAACCGGCCUCGUGAGCCGCAAUGCUACAACUGCGGCGCUGCGGGGCACUGGGCGGUUGCGUGUCCUGAGCCUACCCGAGCAACGCCAGCUGGUUUGGCGGCCUGGAAGAAUGCACCUCCUCCCAGCCAGAGCGGGCCGAAACAUCACGGCAAUUCGUCCAAAAAGUCCAAGGGACCCAUCAUCACAAAGUAUGCGCCUCCGCCUCCGCCGCAACCUCCAUCAUAUGGCCCUCCCAUCGGCCAGUACCAACCACCGCCGCCUCCCCCUCUCCCGGGACACCAGCAACAUCCCAACGCGUACCCUGGACCGCCGCCCACGCCGCAUUACUCCCAGUACGGCGCUCCGCCUCCGUCGUACCCCCCCGGCUACACGCAGCCGCCCUACUCGUACCCGUCCAGCCAGCCGUACGCCCCUCCGGCCCCGUAUGGAGCUCCACCGCAAUACAGUCCUCCGGGUUACGCGCGCCCGAUGCCGGGCCCUCCUCCGCCUGCUCCUUACCCCGGCGCGCCCGCUGGCCACGAUCACAGAUCGCCGCCGCCUUACUACGGCCAAGCGCAUCAGCCGCCGCCGCCGCCGCCGCCGUUUGCACACUCUGCUUCGCAUCACCCUCCCAGGCCUCCGCCGCCUCAUCCUCGCUCGGCGCCGCCAGCAAGCUCAGCCCAGACGCCGCCUAAACCGCCGAGUACUCGGAUAAGCCAUCCGCUUCCUCCAAAGCCACCGCCGAGUCAGGACCAGAUCAAGUUUCAACGCGAUCACCGCAACAAGCGCAAGCAUGACAGGCAGGAGCACCAAGACAGGCGCCACAAGGACCAGAAAGUGGGAAAUAAGCACGCCGGUCACAACCCUCAAUACGAUACCCACGCAUCCCCGUCUUCAGCGGGCCGGCGAUACUCAUCUUCUCAGGGGUCACCGCCAGGACGCCCAAACCACAACAAUCCCAAACACCAUCCUCAGCAACCCCGCAAGAGCAGUCAGUCUGGAGGGCCAAGCCAUGCGCCUACGUCGCCCGAGAAAGGUAGCAGUCGACCCGAGAGAGUUGCCGGAGCGAGCAAACACCGGCCAGACGAAGCAAUCCAAGCCGAAUCACUCGGUGAUCAAGCGGCCCCUGUUACCGAGGUGCCUCAUGGACGAGAAGCCGAUAGGCCCCAGCCGAUGCGUAUUACUGAAGGUGUGGACCGUGUCCCCGUUGUGGAGGCGCCCGUAGCUGGGGAUGCUGCGCCAGGGCGCAACGUUGAGGAUGAGGCUGCGGAGACCAAGACGAUUAGUACCGAGCAGGAGGAAGGUGAGAUUGCCAACGAUGAUGCGGGGGUCAGCACCUCAUCUCAUGAACGCGCAACGACGAACCAGCGACAAAGAUCAACUUCCGCUGAACCGGGUGUGCACAACAAGCGCUCCCGUAGCAGCGAUGCAGAGGAGCGACAACACCACAAGAAGCGAAGACCGGACAGCCCAGCACCGAGGAGCGAUAAGACCAGCGAAAGCGGCACUUUGAAUGGCACGCUCUGGGAUGGGCUCGAUGUCCCCAGGCAGGCCGACCGGAAACGCCGAGGUUCGCAGGCAUCACAGGUGUCAAAGCAUUCCUCCGCGUCCAGCAAGUCCUCGGACUUGAACUCUUUAGAGGCCGAGCUGCUAGGACGGCCGGUGAGGCAGAAGCACGUAGCGGACAGCCCGCCACGCCAACGUUCAGACCGGAAACCUGUCAAGGCCAAGCGUCGUCAGGCCAAUGCCAACUCGGCUUAUAGCCGCCGCUGGUAG